AUGUCCUUUGGUGGGCUUGCGAACAGCGCCUUUGGAUAUCCCAAGACGAGCGCACAUGCAACACUCACUGUGUCAAGGACAAGCAUCAAGUUAAUGCUAUUGCCUUAUGCUCUCAUCUUGUGCAGCAAGACCGGCGUCGACGAUCCUGAAGCUCCAUUCAGCGCGAAUACUUCAGGUCGAUCACCCUCUGCCUACGUCUGCCGCUGCAAUCGCUCAGCCGAUCAACCUCAAAAUUUACCAGGUCGAUCAUCCUUCGCCUACAUCUACCACAACACCCGCUCUGCCGACCGACCUCGAGCCUACAUCCAAUACAACACCACUCCGUCCGAGCAGCCCUCCGCCUGCAUUCUGAGCAAAACGCUUCGGAUCGAUCAGCCCUCAUCUUGCAUCUCGUCUUGCAUCUCUCAGGCUGAUCAUCCCUUCGCCUGCGUUCUGUGCAGAACUCUUCGGGUUGAUCAGCCCUCAACUUGCAUUCUGUCCAACACCGCCGAGGUCGAUCUUCCUUCCACCUGCGCACCGUGCACCGCCUUUCAGGUUGAUCAGACCUGA